UUGCGGACGAGAUCGAGGCCCUAUGAGUAUGGCCCGAGCCCACCAACACCAUGGACGUUCGUUCAUUCAUGGGAUUGGCAGGCUACUAUCAGCAAUUCAUCGCCGGAUACUCGAGGAUUGCUGCACCCAUGACGAGGUUACAGUCGCCAAAGGUGCCGUUCGUAUUUGAUGACGACGCACGCCGGUCAUUCCAAGCACUUAAGACGGCCAUGCUCAUGGCACCCGUCCUUAGCAUCUAUGACCCCACCCUGCUAACGCGAGUGACUACGGACGCUUCCGGCUAUGGCAUUGGGGCAGUCUUGGAACAGCACGACGGCGACGAUUGGCACCCUGUGGAGUAUUUCAGCCACAAAGUGCCUCCCAUCAACUCGCUUGAUGAUGCGAGGAAGAAGGAGCUGCUCACAUUCGUCAUGGCUCUCAAGCGAUGGCGACACUUCCUCCUUGGGUGUCGUAGGUUCACAUGGGUUACAGACAUCAAUCCAUUGACCUACUACAAGACGCAGGAUACGGAGUCCGGCACAACAAUGAAACCAAGUUCGGCUCGACAUCCUCAAACAGACGGGCAGACGGAGCGGGCACACCAAACCGCUCAAAUGAUGCUUUGUACGCUCAUCCGUCCGGACCAGAAAGAUUGGGUUGACCGCCUCCUCGACAUCGAGUUCGCCUACAACACUUCGGUGCACCCGGCGAUCGGCGUGACUCCAUUCGAGUUGCACCACGGUGGACGGAAAGGCCAUAUCUUCGCCAACCUUCUCCUCCCUCGACCAGCCGACAUUGACGCUGCCUGCUCUCCCUCUUCCGUCCGGAAGUACAGGGAAGUGCUGACUCGAGCCCGCCCAAACAUGCAAAAGGCUCAAGUCCGCAUGCACCAGCAAGCCAACAAGCGUCGCGUACCAUGUCCCAUCCGCGCCGGUGAUCUAGUUUGGGUCUCCGUGGAAGAGUUUGCACUGGAACAAGAUGUUUCACGCAAACUGCUUCCCAAGUGGUUUGGACCUUGGUCUGUGACAGCAGCCGCGGGCGAUGAGCCCAAUGGCCCUUCAUUUGUGAUCAACAUUCCAGAGCAUCUGACGGUCCAUCCGGUCUUCCACGCCUCGAAGCUGGCAACAUACACGCCAGCCAAGAGCGACGACUUUCCGGGCCGACGAUCCCAGGACCCUCCUUCUAUGGAUGGUCAUCAGGAAGUUGACCGCGUCAUCACCGAUCGCAAGUACGGCAGCAAGCCGCGGCAGUCACAUUCAAAGCAUGCGAUCGCGACGACACUCGGUGGAUUUCAGGCGCAUAUUAAAGCAUCCGCACCGCUGAUCUACGCGCAUUAUGAAAAGCGGAGGUUAGCUCCGGAAGCUUCAUGACCAGCCCCUCCCACCCGGACUGUGGUCCCUCCCUCAGACAGACAGCUUCGCCCUCGAAGGUAAGCUCGGUUCUUCAAGGAGGAGGGGGGCGGUGGCAUACUGCGUAGCCACACGGGCCCUGCAGGGCCCGUCCCGGACAUUCAGCCUAAAAGCCUAAAAC